AUGUAUCUCAUUUGUCAGGAGCGCUUCCGAAGUAUGUCUCGUUCAUAUUACCACGAUGCUGUUGGAACCUUGCUUGUCUAUGAUAUCACAAAUCGUGAUUCUUAUAACGCUUUGGGCCAGUGGUUAAGUGAUGUCCGCCAAUUAGCAGGUCCGGGUGUUGUUGUUGUACUUGUUGGAAAUAAGAAGGAUCUUCAGGAAACACAUGGCCAAGUUACUCAUUGGGAGGCCAAACAGUUUGCCAGUGAGAACGAUCUACACUUCAUUGAGACCUCAGCAUUAACUGGUGAAAAUGUUGAAGACACUUUUACUCAGUGCACGCGUUCAAUUCUGGUUAAAUUGAAGACUGGCGAACUGGAUCCGGAUCGGCUUGGCCCGGUCCGUCAUCAUGUGGCCAAAUUAGCCAGUUCUGGCUCUGUCAGACCAGGCCAGAGGAUUCGACCAGACUCGAGCAGCUUUCCUUUCAGAACUAAUGAAUGCAGUUGUUAG